GCUAAUAACCCUAAGCCGAAGGAAUAUGAUUUCUGAUCAUGUUGAAAUAAAGGGGGCUUAAGUGGGCUAAGGUUUUUUUUCAUUAUUAUCGAUAAGUCGAUAAGUCAUGUGACAGCUGUGGGUGGUUGAAAAAUAAUGAUAAUCCAAGUUGGACGAGAGUUGUACAAAGUGCCGCUUCGCGUUUUAGAUCAUCGCGUAUUUGUUAACGGCGAGAUCGAAGCUUUCCUGGACAAUUUCGAAGUACGGCGCAACGACAGCGAAGUGGAAAAACUUUUCCAGGUCACCGAGACCGUAGGAUCGCUCAAGUACGAUCUUUCGGAACGUUUCAUUUCAUUGGGUAACAAAAACCUCACCGAUCUGGGUACCGAAGUGAACAAUCUGCUGUACGGGGUCAACAACCUGUUGGAGAAAGCCAAAGUGGAGCGGACGGCCAGCGCACAGUUGCGGGAGUCACGACAGUCACGUGAGCGACGCAGAGCCGAAUUUCUGACCAACCUGCAGCACGGCUACAAGCGCAUAGAAAACUCGUUUGAGGAAAAGGAGGAGGAAAUCGCCGAACUCUACUCCGACCUGCAAUUGAAGCUGAGCAUUGCCAAAUAGGAGCUGCCCUAAAAUGCUCAAAUCCACAAUUGUAGACACCCGGGUGCGCCUUGUGCCGUCGAAGACGCUUUUGGAGUUCCUGGAUAGCCAAAAGGAGCACUUCAAAAAGGUUCCGGAAAAUGUCGCCAAAC